AUGUCUCCACCAGGUAAGGCGACUGAGCCGCCCCCCACGCCCCCCGCGCCACCGGCGUCUCCCUCGCCUCCUCCCACCACCGCCCCGACCUCCCCGACCGCUGGAGCACCCCGCUUCGCUCCCCAAGCGCCCUGGUUCCUCUCGGAGGAGAGGCGUCGCCUCCUCCACGCAUCUGCCCUCGUCUCCGAUCCAGAUCGAGAUCUGGUGCCGUCGCCGCCGAGCUCCACGCCUCCACGCUCGCCGGCCUCCGCCUCCUCCCUUGGCGAGGAGGUCCCAGACUUUGCCCCGUGCUCCGCCAAGGCCUCUCCUUCAAGCAUCGACACGUCUGCGGGGCUGGGCGGGCCCGACACGCUCAUCCCCUCCGCCCCGAUGGCUGCCAUUAAUGGUCCGCUGCUCCGCUCCAUCAUCGUAACUUCCCCGACCUACUCAAGUACUGCUGCUCUUCAUGCCACGUCCCCUCCCCUCCCCGCGCGGCGCCCCUGCUUCCCGACGCGACGGGCUAGGUCACUGUUCCGGACCGGCGCCGUCCACGACACGACGAGCAUUCAAGCGGCCCCUCACCCACCAUACGCGCAGCUCCCAGGCCGCGGCCACGGCGCUCCGCUUCAAAAGGCGCACGGAAGGCCUCUGAGCCCGUUGCCUGGCCUCUACUCAUCACCACCUCUCCUCAAGCUGCAGAGACAAGAUUACGUGCCUCUCCUGCAACCUCUGGGGGCACAAGGAACGCCACUGCCCCCUUCGUCAAGCUCACCGGGCCAUCAAGAAUCCUCGUUCUCGUCCACUGCCAAGGCCUCCUUCCUCUUCCCCCGCUGCCCCUGGUGCUAG